ACGCUCUCUUCCGACACCUAGAGCAAAUUUAAGCAUUUUUAUCUUCUCUCUCUUCAUUACCUUCAACUAUUAGAAUUCUUAUUAUUCAGAAAAUAACUUGGAAGCAUGAAAAUAGUUUAUUCAUUGGAUUAAAAUAAAGAAGUGAUCAUACUUUAAAAAAAUUGAGAAAAUUUUUGUAGCUGUAAAAGAAUCAUACAAGCCAUGGAAAAUUAUAGCGGCGUAGAUUUUGUUAGCAGAAGUUAAGUUAUACGUAACAAAUUAAAUGGAGAUGGCGUAUACUUGAUGUGAUUGGAGAUAUUUCUUCACAAUUUGCAAGAGAAUGUGAAAUUCAUCAAUUCAACAAAGAUGGAAUCCCAUUUUAACUUGAAAAUAUCCAACCAACUGCAAUUCAGAAUUUAUAAACCACUUGUGACUUUAAAAAUUUCACUUUUGCUUUGGAAUACAGCGGGAUCAGCUUUAAUUACAUACUUGACACUAUUUUUAAAGCAGAAAGGACUUACUAUAGAAGAAAUAUCUCUUAUUUACCUAACAGCAAAUUUGGUGCAGUUUUUCUUCAGUACAGCUUGUGGCGCUCUCGCUGAUAAAAUAGGACGACCUGUCUCUAUAUCAGUCUUCACUCUGGCAUUCAUUUCGUUUGUUGCUGUAUGCUUGACAUUCAUUCCAGUUGUGAACAAGGCUACUACUUACGAUCUUCAGUCUCUUGACGAAAAAGAUCUGCAUUGUGCCGAAGCAAAAUUUCUUCAUUUCGGAAGCAACCUAACAUGUGAAAAUAUUUAUCUUCCAGAAAACUGCAGGAAAUUCUGUAAAAAGAACAAUACAGAUUUCGAGUAUUGCCAACUUGAUUUUAAUUAUGAGAUUCUUCAGAGUGAAAUAGAUGGAACUGUUUCAUUUUUCAAUUACUUCAAUGAGACUCGUAGCGAUAUAAAAUUGUGUUCAAGCAAUUUUACGAAAAUGGUUUUAGUUGGAAAUGACUAUAACUCUCUUUGUGAAGCAUAUGAUAAAGUUUGUGAAAAAUCGUGUAGUAAAUACAGAUUUCCCCAUGAAAACAGAAUAAGAUAUGUUUUAUUGUACUCAUUGGUAAUAAUUCUGCUUCUAACUGCUCAUGAAAAUAUGUUCCGUUUUGUUGACGUAUUGACUUUAGCUAUGAUAAGGUUUCAGAAUGCAGAAUACGGCAAGCAAAAAAUAUGGGGUACUAUCGGUUCAUUACUAGGUCCGUCGCUCGCUGCUUUAGUUCUGUACUUAACAAACGUUUCAGAGCAAGACACAAAUUAUAUUUUCAUACUAUAUUUGUAUGCAUUUCUGGCUGUGGUAACAUUAAUAGCUGUCAUUACUUUAGAUGUCAAAAGGCAAGAACCUGUGAAGAAAAUGUUUAAAUCUGCUACAAUACUCUUCAAGAAACUAGAUUUCUUGUUGUUCACUUUUGUUCUUCUGGUUCUUGGUGCUACUUGGGGAUUUCAGGUAAGCUUUAAAAAUGUAUACUUGGUUGAUGUAGGAACAUCAACGUAUCUAAUCGGCCUUAUAGAUACUUUUGCUGCCGUAUGCGGACUGCCUGUGCUUUUUACAUCAAAAUGGCUUACUAAGAAGAUAGGAAAUACCAACAUCUUCGUUUUAGCUCUUUUAUGCCAUGGAUUAAAGUGUAUAGGGUAUUCUUAUCUUACGGAAGCAUGGCUAGCUUUCUUGCUGGAGCUAACAUCUGCUAUCAAUUUUCAUCUUGUCUGGGUAGCGGUCAUGGAAUAUUGCAAUGAAAUUUCACGAGAUCUCAAGGCCACUGUCAUUGCUUUUGCUGGUGCGGUUCACUUCUCUCUAGGCCGCGCUUCUGGAAGUGCUAUUGGUGGUCUUUUGAUGAGUACAUAUGGCGGAAGCACAGCAUUCCAAGUGAUGGCAGCUGUCUGUGGCGUAACAGCUCUUUUUUACUCUGUCUACUUGUACAAUAAGCACGUGAAAAUGAAGAGAAGCCUUUCGAAGUAUUAAAUUUCAGAGUCCAAAAUUCUUUAUGUGUUAUUUUAAAUAAUAAAUAUACUUAUACUACUCA